AUGUCGCACGAAAAAGAACGCCACCAUGUCGUCGCCAUCGAGGCCCUUCAUUACCAAAUACCAGAGUUCGACAUACCUGGGGCAUACACCAAGGCUGUCCACCGCUGGACCGAGCCAUCCGAGCUUAUCGAGCGAAUCAAAGAUGCCACAAUCGUCAUCACCACGACAAUUCGUCUGACUUCGGAGGUUCUAGACGUUGAAGCCACUCCAAAGCUCCGUCUGAUCGUGAUCAUGGCAACCGGCACGGAUUGUGUCGAUCUAGCAGCAGCCAAGGCCCGAGGAAUCCCCGUGUGCAACUGUCCAGGUUCUAAUGUGGACAGUGUUAGUGAGCACGCCAUUGGACUUUAUUUCGCUACGCGACGAAAGCUUGUCACCUUGCAUAAUGCAACCGUUGCUGUGCCUGAAAGCCCGGAUCUUAAUACCGAGUGGAAAAUGAACGGGUCGUUACGGCCGAGAUUGUCUAGAUCAGAUGGACUGGGCCCGUUGUUGUGUAGUGAUGAAACUGUCGGUAUCAUUGGAUACGGAAUGCUAGGAAAGCGCAUUGAAGCCUUGUCUAAGGGUCUUGGCAUGAAGGUAAAUAUAGCCGAGCGAAAGGGGGUGGCUCCUCGAGGAGACCGGAUUGCCUUUGAGGAUGCCUUGAAGCAAUCGACAGUUUUGUUUUUGUGCUUGCCACGAAGCCCGGAAACAAUCAACUUGAUCUCGACUGCAGAAUUCCAGAAGAUGUCUCCUCAUGCUUUGUUGAUUAAUGUUGCAAGAGGCGGGAUUGUCGAUGAGCAGGCUUUGCUUGAAGCUCUUCAAUGCCGUACCAUUACAGGAGCGGCCACCGAUGUGUACGCCAUAGAACCUUGUGGAAGAGGAGACUCCCCUUUAUUGAGCCCUGAAGCAGCGGAGUUGAACUUGGUUUUGACGCCUCACCUCGCUUGGUAUGCUGAAAGAACGUUGCAUAACCUGGAGGCUACUGGAAAGGCCACUGUCGAGGCAUGGUGUCUUGGUCGACCUAUCAAUCAAGUUCAAUGA